AUGGAGGCUUCUAAGCUUCUUUUGGUGGUGCUUCUCGGUGUAGUACUUAUUUGCACCAGUACUCAUGCUAGGCAUCUUAUGAGUCAAAAUGAUGCAUUUAAUGAGGAGAAAGAAUUCUUCCACAGCUCCCCUAGUUAUGGUGGUGGGCUAGGUGGCGGAGCUGGUGGAGGGUUUGGUGGGGGUUCUGGCUUGGGUGGAGGUGGAGGUGGAGGGUUUGGUGGUGGUGGUGGCAGCGGCGGAAUAGGUGGUGGAUCUGGUUUUGGAGGUGGAGGUGGAGGUGGUUUUGGGUCUGGAGCUGGAGGGCUAGGAGGUGGAGGUGGUGGAGGAUUUGGCGGUGGCGGUGGUAGCGACUUAGUUGGUGUUGUACCUGGCGGUGGCUAUGGUGCAGGAGCUGGUGGUGGAAUUGGGGGAGGAUUGCCUUAA